AUGAUGCGAUUGAUCAAUACAGCCGACGGUGACACGAGCUCUGUGGAGUGGAGCAUGUUCACUCACGUAGGAAACCAAGCUGUGGAGGAGGCUGUUCAGCAAGUCAUUCAGCAAAGGACACCGGAAGUUCUCAACUUGUUAAACAAUUGCAGAAAAUCACAUUCUAAUCUCACCGAAAAGGAGUCACAUGGCUCUGAAUUAGACAACGACGACGAUCUCAUCAUGGACAUGGUGUAUGAAAUUCAACACACAGUCGGAGAGAAAGGUCGAGGAAAAACAUUUCUCUAUAAACGAGCACAGCAUCCCGAAGACUGGAUACAUGGUCACAAUGAAGUGGGUGAUACUGCCGUUCGGGAGCGUUUGUAUUGUUAUUUGAGAACGUGGAUGAUUGGCCUAACCACAACACUCGAACAAGAAUCGAAGAAGAAAUAA